UGUGCCGACAAAGAAGAAUAAGGUCUGUGCGUAAGCUGCGAGGCCGGGUGUCAUCGUGCGCCUAGUAGUAGUGUCCUAUAGCCAUCUCUACUAACUUCACUAUCUAGCAACAACCGAGAGAGUAGGAGGUGAGCACAACUGUAAGAUUUGCGUUAAGCCUUCGAGCUGAGAAACAUCUACCCUUAUCUUUCCAAGGGAAACUAUGGCGCGUGGUCAUCAGAAGAUCCAAUCUCAGCAGAAAAAUGCCAAGAAGCAGGCUGAAGCAAAGAAGGCUAAAGGACAUGACCAGAAGACUGCUGCCAAGGCUGCUCUAGUGUUCACCUGUGCCGUCUGCAGGUCACAGAUGCCAGACCCAAAGACCUUCAAGCAGCAUUUUGAGAGCAAGCAUCCCAAGUCCCCCCUGCCUACAGAGCUGGAGGGAGUGGAAGCAUAAGCAAAAAAACUAAAUUUUGAUUAUUGCCCUGAAUCCCAAACCUGCAGCCUCUACCCUCUGUAUCCUUGUAUGGAUAGAAAAGGACUGAAUGGCUGUGAGCAAUGUGAUUACUCCACUUCUCUCGCCCUAUUGAAGGGCAGUGUUGCCUUUUUGACAUGUUGCUUACAUACAUGCAGUUUUAACUACACAAGUUGAACGGGCUGGGGCUCAGGGUUGAGUUCGUUUUCAGGGCUGCUGAAGAGCCUACAAUUCGUGAUGAAUGCAAACUGUCAAUGCAGUAUACAUCCCUUACACAUUCUCUCAGAACAGACCCCAUGCUUACUUGAGGAUACACUAACAGUUCAAAUUUGGUUCAUGUGCUGCAUCUAGGUGACUCGUAUCUAGGAUAGGGUGUGAUCAGGUCCUUACAUAAAAUGUAAUAAAUCUUAAGAAGGUAUUGCCUUACUCACUGCACCCCUGUCUACAGUCUAACAUGCUUUAUUUGUUAUGAGCAAAAUAAACAUUGAUUUUUUUUAAUCAAGGACUUUAAAAUGAUUGUGUGAAGGGGGUUAUGGUUCAUUCCUGUGAAUUUAAGUGUAGACUGAGCAAUCUACUUUUAAUUUAUGGAUGUGGGGUCCAGUACAAAGGCAGAUUGGUUUUGUUCUAGCUUUGCAUUCAUCCAAUCAAUGAUUUGUUGUCGGUAAAAUGUUAGGCCAUAUUCAUGUUGUUUUCUAAUUAACAUGUGUGACUGAUCAUUGUAAUUUUUACACUUGGAAUAAAGUUAUUAAUGUCUCAAUGAUGUAAGAUAACAUUUUAAUAAAAAAUUACUUUGUUUAAUAUCA